AUGGGUAUUACAUAUGUCGUGCAUAACACAUGGGCCAUGAGCAUGACGCGCCCUGUGUGCGGAUUUCAGCACCAGUUCAAAGCCAUGCGCAAUCUGAUCAAUCUUUAUGACGACUACGUCUCGAAGGUGCGGAAGAUUGGGUUCCAGUUUAUCACCUGUUUUUUACAGAGUGGUCACGCACGAGUCCCGGAUGAAAGAGUCAGCGCAAAAUCCGCCCUACUGAUAGGCUACCUGAAGCUAAGUUUGUCUGUGAACAUAUGCUCCGAGACUCUGCAUCGACACUCUGGGUUGUUCGGCGCCAGUUCCGUGCGUGAGGGCCAGACCUCUGUAUAA